UGUGAGUCACUUCUCGGUGCUACAAUGAAGCUGUUGGUCUCCGUCUCUCUCCUGCCUUGUGCUCAGGCCUAUAUCUGGGCUUGGCUUCUCUCAAUGCCCUAUAACAACCCCCAGGAUUCUGCCGGACUCACCCCCAUCUCCAGCACCUCCAGAGGACCCACCGUGCAGUGCGACCAUGACCGCGGCUGUGGGCGGGGCCUAUUCUGCGACCGGCAUUUCGGUCUGUGCGUCGCUCUCCGACACGAGGGGCAAUACUGCCGGAAGGAUUCGCAGUGCGUCCGGGGGUUGGGCUGCAUGUACGGCCGCUGCCAACGCAUCAUUCCAGGGGGACACGAGGGGGCCCGAUGCCGACAAGACAAAGACUGCUCCCCAAAUAUGUGCUGCGCCCGACACCACGGGGAGAUGAUCUGUAAGAGGAGACUCCCUCUGGGGGGCAGUUGCUUCGUUCCAGAGGGGGGUCUGGCCUUUAGUAUCAAUCAGCUUUGCCCCUGUGAGGAGGGUCUGAUCUGCAGCGCUGCGCACCCCCAACGAGAGAAGGAAUUUAUUUAUAGUCCCGGCUCGGACUGGAAGUGCUCGGCCCCCUGAACCCCCACUUCCCUCCUGCACCUGCUUUGUAAAUACCCUGUACAUAUCUGUAUAAUAAAGAUCUUUAUUCUCA